AGAUCACGUAGUGAGCACUACACACUAUAAGUUUGUGGUAUUAACGAAGGAGGAGCAUAUCGAUAUUGGCCCGCCUUGAUAUUCGCGCGCAGGUGGAAGUGGCAAGCUGUAUACUUCGUAAUGAAGAUGUCGAUCAUGGAUUAAUAGAUGAUGCGCAUGAUGAAGACUACCAUGUCCAUGCCGACGGUGCGAGUCGCUCCGCGUCCGCGCAUAUUCGGGGGCCGGCGGCAAUGUAAUCCCGGUUGUCACGGGGCUGAUCUCAUGCUGAGAAGUAGCGAGCGCGUCGUCAAGGCAUCCUAUCACCACACGACGCAAAUAAACUUUUGCAGUGGGGGUCCAACACUAGGAGCAUCUAAGAUUUCACCCGCACGAGAAUUUCAUUCGGCUAUUCGGUCUUCACAUACUGCGUUGCCUGGACGCGGCCCAGGAGCCUGCUUCCCACGAUGCAUGGCGAAUACUGCCGAUACUUGUCGUACAAUUUCAAGUGCCAACAGUACUGCUACGUCUUCCUCUUCCUCGUCCUCUACCCCCAGGCUUAAAGUUAAUCGCCACGUCACCACGACCAGUGCGCCGGCAUCUGGAUCUUAUCCUGCCGAGCCCGGUGCUCCACCUCCUGGCGUUUAUUUCCAAGGUGCAGCGUUGUGUGGCGAACACCGUACGGGUACGACAUCAUCAUGUGGUGCUGAGGGCACGGGCAGCUCAACUACGUCUCCUCCGGCGUUUACUUUUCCUACCGCAGGAGGUCUUUUCGACGAACAGGAGAGCGCAGGUGCGGCCCCGGCAGUUGGUCUCGCGAAGGCAUUCAUCUACCACGGAGGGAAGACGUCCGGUGCAGACAGCAACGCAUUGAAUCUGAACGGGAUACUGGACCACUUCGCUGCUGGCAAUGACCCGGUCUUCACGGUGCAAAACAGCUUUCUCGGACAGUUGCGGAAACGCAGUAGUUCCCAAUACCUAUGGUUGUCGCUACAUUCUGCCGGAGGAAAUGGAACGUACUGGGCCUACUUUCUACGUACUGGGGGAGUAGUUAUCUGGGCGCCACCAACAACAAUAGCCCAAACCACGACCGGAGGAGGUGCGCAAGUACAAGACGAGCAGGCCACGAACAAUUUCGACGCCGUGAAGCAUCUGAUCGAAGUAGGUCGGGAUCACCUCUUUUGCGAGACUACGGGACAUAGCAAUGCGUUUGAACAAACAGUGAGCGCUGGUUUUGGGGAAGGUCCUGGUCACAUCAUGACACCGGGAUCUUCAUCGACGAGAAACUACACGGCUUCUUGGUCAGCACUGCGGACGAACGCGACCAACUCUAGCACGAGCGCUAUUUCCUCGGCCACUGGCAACAAGAAAACACACGAGCGUAAGCACAGCGAGGGCGUUCGGAAACUCCUGUCCUGGCUGCCUACGAAGAAAAGCGAGAACUCGCUGCUCGCGAAGGCGAAUCAAACCAUUGUGAGCAACGUGAAGCUGGACUACGAGCAACAGAUCGAAUGGAGCGAGUCACUGUCAUUUUCCACGGUGCCAGGUCCAGGUGCAGGGGGAUCAUCUCUUGCUACAAGUACAACCUCAAAGACCGGCUGUACUUCGGGUGAAAAACACACAGAUAUGAAUCAGAAGAAGCGAGAUGUUCUUGAACAAAGUAAAGAUCACCUCGGUAAUAUCAAGGCUGGCAGUGCUGCUUUUGGCACCGCGGCGCCAGGCGCUUUUUCUUCCUCUACCCUGCGUCUGCACGGGAAUUCCUACAGCGCCUCCAAUAUGAAGAGCAGCUUCCAUCUGCAUGACUCGCACAUCCGGCUACAGAGGGAUGCGAGCAACCUCCCAACCCUGUGCCUUGCGACCAGUUUGGCGAUGGAUUUUGCCGUGCGCGUAAACGUGGAGGAGCAGCUGCUGAAGGAGUUUUUGGAGCUGGUGGAUUCGGAACUGACCAAGUUCCGCACCGAGCUGCAGAAAACGCUGGACUACGUGAUUUUCGUCAAGCGAAUCUCUUCGCUGCAAAAACGGAUCUUCAACCUGGAAGUGAGUUGCCAGCGGCUGCUGUACGCCAAGCUGCACCCGUUGCGGGAAAACGCGGACGUCGUGGAUCUUCUCUGGGAGAGCGGGGAGGCGGAGAAGAUCUACGAGGACGUGUGUCAACAAACCUUCGACCUACCGAGCCGCAUCAACAAGCUGCGACACGAGCUCGACUACAUGGUGGGGCUGUCGCGGACCCACAACGAACACGUACGGCACGGGCACAGCUCGCAACUCGAGUGCCUCAUCAUCUACCUGAUCGCGUUGGAGAUCUUAUUGUUCGUGGGUGACCACUGGAACCACAUAUUCUGCGCAAAGCCGAGUAAGGCGAAUACUUCCGAUCGAGCUGUGGAGUAGCGAACUAUGUUGUAUAAUAGGUUUACGUAGAUGCAGUGGUGGCGAACAAGACCGCCACCGCUUCAGUUUACUGCAUUGGAGGUUCUAGUCCAGGGAGCUCCUAGCGUAAAGAGGGUCGAAGAAGGGAGAUCUCUUUCACCCAAAAAAAGAGAUUAAGUAUUUUUUAAAAAUGUUCAAUCAUGUUGUAGAAGUACUUUUCCUUCUUGCGCCACAAGGAGGCUCAAAGGCACUCUACGCAGCAUGCUCUUUGCUUCUUCUCGCAU